ACAGUUAGUUCAGGUGAGAGAAAAAACGGUGGAAAGUCUGGUGAAAGAACUGUGAAAGAACCAUCGAGGUUUUUCCACCUGCCGCAAAAAAAAAACAAACUUUUAAAGAAGAAUCAAGAAGAUGGAUGUGUUAGAGAACUCCCCAGGGAACAUGGGGCUACUGAAAAUGUUUGACUCUGCCGAGUUUGGGAGUUGGGAAAAGAUUGGCUCCGGAGGAUUUGGCCAAGUGUACAAAGUACGACACCACCAGUGGAAGACCUGGUUGGCUAUCAAAUGCCCCCCUAGCUUACAUGUGGAUGACAAGGAACGCGCCGAGCUGCUGGAGGAGGCCAAGAAGAUGGAGGCGGCCAAGUUCCGCUACAUCCUGCCGGUGUACGGCAUCUGCAGCGACCCGCAGGGCCUGGUGAUGGAGUACAUGGAGAUGGGCUCGCUGGAGUCGCUGCUGGUGUCCGAGCCGCUGCCCUGGAGCCUGCGCUUCCGCAUCAUCCACGAGACGGCCGUGGGCAUGAACUUCCUGCACUGCAUGAGCCCGCCCCUCCUGCACCUGGACCUCAAGCCCGCCAACAUCCUGCUGGACGCGCACUACCACGUCAAGAUCUCAGACUUUGGUCUUGCCAGGUGGAAUGGCUUCUCCCAGGCCGAUGACAUAAGCCGGGAUGGUUUCUGUGGCACUAUCGCUUACCUGCCCCCAGAGAGGAUCAUCGAGAAGGACAAGGUCUCGGACACCAAGCACGAUGUGUACAGCUUUGCCAUUGUAAUCUGGGGUAUUCUGACACAGAAGAAGCCAUAUCAAGGGGAGAACAACAUCCUCCACAUCAUGGUGAAGGUGGUGAAGGGGGCACGUCCCGACCUGGGCGCCGUGCCCCGCAGUCGGCCCCCAGCCUGCGCCGGCUUCCUGGCCCUCAUGCAGCGGUGCUGGGCAGACUCGCCCAGUGCCAGACCCAGCUUCCAGGAGAUCACGUCAGAGGCAGAGGAGCUCUACUCCAGGCCACAGGACGAAAACAAAGGCUCCACCCUAGAGCUCCACACCAGCCCGUGUACAACACUCAGACCCCCUGAGCAGGCCAAAGAUCAGAAGGCACCGGUGAGGCCAAAGUCUGCCAUGCUGCCAGAGAAGGACUGCAGUCUGUCGGAGUUGCUGAGUCAACUUGACUCGGGGAUCUCGCGCAGCUUCGGCCCCGUCAAAGAGGACUGCCUCCAGAGCAAAGACAACACCAGCAAGAGGCUGUCGGGCAUCUCCUCCGUGGACUCGGCCUUCUCCUCCCAGGGUUCCAUCACCCUCUCCUUUGAGAAAGAGAGCACUGUAAAUGACUCUUGCGAGGUGCAGAGGCGUAAGCUGUGCGAUGCCAUCCGUACGGAGGACAUCGCCAAGCUGAUGAAGAUCCUGCAGCCGCAGGACGUGGACCUGCUUCUAGAAGGCGGCGGAAGCCUCCUGCACUACGCCGUGGGCCUGGCCAACGAGGAGGCGGUCAAGUUCCUGCUGCUCAGCAACGUCAACCCCAACCUGGCCGACGCCCGCGCCGCCACGCCCCUCCACCUGGCCGCCGAGAAGCGCCUGAAGGGCAUCGCCGAGGUGCUGCUCAGCCGCAAGACCACCAACGUCAACGCCAAGGACGAGGACCAGUACACGGCGCUGCACUUCACGGCGCAGAACGGCGACGAGGUGCUGACCCGGCUGCUGCUGGACCGCGGCGCGUCCAUCAACGAGGUGGACGCCCAGGGCCGCACGCCGGCGCACAUCGCCUGCCACCACGGCCAGGAGCAGGUGGUGCGCGUGCUGCUGAGCCGCGGGGCGGACGUGCGCGUCCCGGGCAAGGACGACUGGACGGCGCUGCACCUGGCCGCCUGGCAGGGCCACCUGGGCAUCGUGAAGCUGCUGGUGAAGCAGGCGGGCGCCGACAUGGACGGGCAGACCACGGACGGCCAGACGCCGCUGCACCUGGCGUCCAAGAGGGGCCAGUACCGGGUGGCGCGCAUCCUGGUGGAGCUGGGCGCCAGCGUCCACCUGCGGGCCGACGGCGGGCACACGCCGCUGCACGUGGCCGCCGAGACCGGCCACACGAGCACCUCGCGCCUGCUGGUCAAGCACGGCGCCGACAUCCAGGCGCGGAGCGCGCAGGGCUGCACGGCGCUGCACCUGGCCGCCCAGAGGGGCCACCUGCCCACCACGCGCAUGCUGCUGGAGGCCGAGGCCGACCCGCGGAGCGUGACCCGGGCGCUGCGCGCCGCCUGCCACCUGGCGGCCGAGGAGGGCCACGGCGAGGUGGUGCGCGAGCUGCUGGCCGCCUGGCCGGACGCCGCCGCCGUGCAGGACGAGCAUGGGCUCACGCCGCUGCACCUGGCCGUGCGCGGCGGACACACGAGCAUCACCUGCCUGCUGCUCAGCCGCGGCGUGGAGCUGCCCGCGCCCGCGCCCACGUCCACGCCUACGCCGUCCCCGUCGCCCUCGGCCAUCGCCCCGCCCUGCCCGCCCACCAUCCCGGAGCCCGACGAGGACCUGUCGCAGCUGGAGGACACGAUCGCGGCAGCUCAGGAGGCCUUGCCGCUCCAGAGGAGGGUGGUGGUGUUGAAACUGACAGAGAAGGGGCUGGUGGAGCCCCUCUCCCCACAGACGGGGCCUGGAGCAGGGGCUCUGUGUUCCUCUGCUCAGUGCUGAGUGGAGGCAGGAGGAGACCACCGCACACCACAGACUAUACAGCUGCCUCCCUGGUAGAAACACACACACACACACACACACACACACACGCACACACACGGAUUAAUACAUACAGUCAAUCACACACACUCCAUUCUAAAUGUACCACAACACAGGCUGCAGGAGAAAGGAGACUCUCAUUUUGAAAGAGGCAGCAGUUGUGUUUGUGGAUGGAUAUACAUGUCAUGUACAUAGUGUAAUUUGUUGUUAUGGUGGUCAAUAUAGUCUCGAAAAGUUGGUCCAGAGAAAUACCUAAGGCUUUGUCAGUUGUUUGCAAGUCAUUUAUUUUACCACAAUAGAGCCCAAUUCUUUGUUUAUCACAUUGUACAUAGAAACAAACUGAAUACCUUUGUCUUUCCUCAUCGGUUCAUUAGUUAUUGGCCUUGUUGGGUUGUUUUUCACUUUUGAUAGCCUGCUAUUUGUAGUCACCUGCUGUAGCCUAAAAUUUGGAAAGUACCUCACUCUCAAAAUCUCAAAAUGUUCAGUAUCUCACCACCUGUACCAGUAUGCCACACCCCAGUAGAUUUUUAAAAAUAUGGACAACUCUAGAAGUAGUUUUUAUUGGUUGAUUCUGUUACCGGCAGUACUUAUAGAUUUAUAGAGAUUUGUAGAAUGUAGGCAAUAUUAUAGGAGGCUCAAGAAUGUAAGUGUGUGUAUGUGUGUGAGAGAGAAAAUUUGCAUGAAUGUGUUUAUGUGUUUGUGUGCAUGUCAUUGCAUGUACUCUGCCUUGCAUAUGGCCAACAUGAUUCCUUUUUUAAACAUGUAUUAUUUUUAUAUUCAUGCCAUGCCAUGUCAUUGUUAUUAAGCUACACUUCAUUUUGUAUUAUGCAUCUGUCUGACUAUGUAUCUAUAGUGUUUGCACAGUUUCACUUUUUUAUUCAAAGGAAAAUACAGUAAAUGUAUUUAAAGUUAAAAGAC